UUCACCCCACACCAUAACAUAUCAUUUUUUCCCUGGUUUCGUCAUGCCCCGGGGCCUAUGAUUGCUUAAUCCGGCCCGACUCCACUGUUUCAUCAAUUGCAAAAGCAUGCAGCAGUUGUAGGCUGAAAGGAGUGAUAGUGCACUGGGCACAGAUGUCAGUUCAACAUCUACUUUUGAUUUACAUUUGGUUGAUUGGUCAACAGGUGAAUUCAGUGUGAAAUCAACCAAAAAUGUCACCAUGUCAUUGGAUUUAGGUUAAAAGUAGGGUGGAAAAAGGAAAUUCCUUUCCAUUGAAUACUUUUUGCACAUCCAAUGAGUUCUACACGUUGAUUCAACAUCAUCACAUUUAUUUUUUGAUUGAAAUGAUGUGGAAACAACGUUGAUUCAAACAGUUUUUGCCCAAUGGGAGGCUACAGUUCAGUGAGGAUAGGCUACUAGACCUCUUUGGGAUGCAUCUAGUCAGAGACCUCACCGCUCGUCCUUUGGAAACAUCGCUUUGGGGCCGUUGUCAUGGAAAUCAAAGGACAUGUAGAUGGAUUUGACAAAGAAGGGGGCUUCAAAUGAACAAAAGCCAGUAUGAUAAAGAGUACUACUUCCAAAGGCGUCAGAAACAUUAAAUGCGAAUGUACCUUGUAUAUCCCUCAAAUGAAGACCGCGCUUCUCUUGGCACACCGAUAACCUAAUCUCCACAAAGUGCAUUUUGUAAUAUGGUUGCUUUCUGUGAAGAACAUCAUUUUAAACCGAAUCAGACACACAUGCAACACAGUUUUGCGGCUUGAGAUACGCAGGCCUGAGUGACACGGAAAGUGCGCAUCAGAGUGGAACACCAUCCUUUGCGCUUGGGAGUAGGCUACCAAGAUGGUCAACAAGGGGAAUAAACUUCAGAGCCUGUCAAAAGGGUUUGUUCUGCUCAGCAUAAUGACACUCAAGACCAAUGCCAUCGACACGGUCAACGUGGUGGACUUCUGUGGCCAGAACAUCCAGGGCAACGGGAUGAUUGUCAACUCACACCAGGAGUCCAAGAAGUACUACUUUGUCACCAUGGGAACAGACUGCCACUUCACUAUGCAGGCGGCCUCCCCCAAGGACAAGGUACAGUUCCACUUCCGCUUCUUCCUGGUCUACAGCCUGCUUCGUUUAGCACCCCAAAGUCCCACCCCCCUCUUCCCUGAGUCCCCCGGGGACCUCCGAUUGGAGCCUUCGAAUCCAGUGGUGGAGCCAAGGGACCCGUGUCAUGCGGGGUCAUACAUUCAGUUCUAUGAUGGGCGGGACAAGAACUCGCCUCCAAUUGGGCCACCGCUGUGUGGGAAGAGCCCUCCCCGUCCGGUGCUGUCCACAGGGAAUCACCUGACCCUGCGUCUGGUAACCCGCGGUACCCAGCCAAGAGUGGACUUUGUGGGGGACUUUACCUCCUUCAGACUGGGUUUUAACCAAUCCACGUGCAGCGGCGAACCUUAUUUCCCGUGUCGCAAUGGGAAGUGUAUCCCCAUGAGUCUGGUGUGUGACGACAAGGGCAUUGAUAACUGUGGGGACGGGAGCGACCUGGAGGAUCACCUGCCCUCAGGGUGCAAAGGUCACUUAGCAGGUCAGCUGGCUCCAGCCCAAGCUACUUCCCCAGCAGUGACCCCAACCCCUCCUGUCUUAAACCCGACAGCUUUUCCCAUGUCCACCUAUAGGAACUGUGGCACUCCGGACGGCGUACCCAAUCACGACUCAGUGACAGACUCUCCACCCUAUCUGUCUCUGCUGUCGCUCUUCAUCACCCUGGGUGUGAUAGCUGGUUUGGUCCUGCUGUGUUGGUGCUGCUGGUCUCCAGGCUGGUUCCUUUGCAGGAUCAUUGUCUGCCGCUUCCUACCCUGCUGUAACUCAGCCUGCGCCUCCUGCAAGCUCUGUGCCCGAAGCUGUUCCCAGAACAAGGAGCAUCGACUGGCUAAGGUUUCACCACAAGGACAGGUCACAAUCAACGAUGCCGCCUUGGCCCCCCUCACCACAGCCACGGCUAGCACAACUACUGUCACUGUGUAGGGAGUCGCUAUAUAGCGUAGGACUAUUAUCGCUGUGUAGGGUAACCACCAUGAUGGCUAACAGUGAGACAGAUGGACUCAUGGAUAUGAUGACCCAGAUUUCAUGUUCUAGACUGAUGGACUGAGAUGAGACAUAUCUUUUUGCUAGUUUACAAGAAUGUCAUGGAAGAAGGGGUACUGCAGGGUGUACAUUUGCAUUUUCAGUGGAAAUGAGACAUUGUCAUUAUCUUCUCCCCACAUUUGGACAGUUCUUAAAAUGGGGGAGGCUUUACUUUUGAAUGUUUCACUCACUGUAUGAUCCUUUUUUGUUGUUGCUUUAAAAAAUAAAUGACUGGCGCUAAAUCCGCUACACUCAAA